AUGAUACGAAAUAGAUUAAUAUCUAUAAUAUAUAGGAAUAGUAGAAGAAGAAUAAGUAUACGAUAUAAUUCUACUACUAAUAAUAGUACUUCCACAGAGUUAACGUAUGCUACAAGAAAGCAACAAAUUCAACAACAAUCCAAUGAUGUUAAUUAUCCUCGAAUUGAUACUAUAAGAAAUAAGUAUAACGACGAUUCAAUUAGAUUAAGAAUUGAUCAAUUCGUUAAUAAAUUCAAUCAAUAUGAUUUCACUCAAUUACCAAACAAAAGAACGAAUGAAUUUUAUAUAAUUGAAGGUAAAAUAUCAUCAAUUAGAAAAUCAGGUAGAGCAAUGUAUUUUAUUGAUUUAUUCCAAGAUAAUCAUAAAUUACAAAUAAUGGCAACUAAUAAGCUUAUGAAUUUAACUAAAGAUGAUUUUGAUAAUCAUCAUCAUUUAUUUAAAGUUGGUGAUUAUAUCAGUUGUAUUGGUUCUGCUUCAAUUACAAAUGCUGGUGAAUUGACCUUAAAAUUAAUUAAACCAAUUGAAAUGUUAACACCAUGUUUAAGACAAAUACCCAAUAGAUUAACUCAUAAGCAUAUUAUCAAUAAUAGACGAGUAUUAAAUUAUUUGGUUAAUUCAGAUUCAAAACUUCCAAUAAUUAUAAAAUCAAAAUUAAUACAAUCAAUUCGUCAGUUCUUUUUAAAUCAUCAAUUUUUAGAAGUCAACACACCAAUAUUAAGUGGUGAGGGUACUGGUGCUAAUGCAACCCCAUUCAUAACCCAUUCAAAGUUUGCAGCUCCAUCAGACCUGACUAAUCCACCACCAUUACAAUUAAGAGUAGCACCGGAAUUAUGGUUAAAGAAAUUAGUCAUAUCUGGAUUUGAACGUAUUUUUGAAAUUGGCACAAAUUUUAGAAACGAAGGUCUUGAUCUGACUCAUAAUCCUGAGUUUACAAGUUGUGAAUUUUAUCAAUCUUUUACAAGUUUAUCUGAAUUAAUGAAAUUGACUCAAGAUUUAUUUUCAUUCAUCUAUACCGAUCUUAAACAACAAGGAUUCAAUGUGGAUCAUAUCCAACCAUUCACCACCGAAUUCCCUAAAUAUGAAUUCAUCCCUACUUUAGAAUCCAAAACUGGUAUACCAUUCCCUCGGGAAAUAACCGAAUCUUCAUUAAUCCAAUAUCAUAAUCAAUUGAAACUUCCAGUCCCUGGAAACACAAACCCGAUCGCAUUAUUGGACAACCUAAGCGAAAUAUAUCUCGAAUCAAUCAGUACCACAAUCCCAAACACACCAAUAUUCAUCUAUAACCAACCAGAGAUUAUGUCUCCAUUAGCAAAAUCAACCACUGACUCUCAAGGUCGCCCCAUCUCAAGUCGAUUUGAAUUAUUCAUUAAUGGGAAAGAAUUCGUUAAUGCAUAUGAAGAAGAAAACAACCCCAAGAGACAAUUUGAAAAGUUUGAAUUACAGCAAAAUGCAAAAAAUCAAUUUCAUGACGACGAAAUGUUAUUACCUGAUUGGGAAUAUGUUAAAGCUAUGGAAUAUGGAUUGCCACCUACGGGAGGUUGGGGAUGUGGAAUUGAUAGAUUGGCGAUGUUGAUAAGUAAAGUAGAUAGAAUUGACCUGGUGUUGCCAUUUGGAAAUCUUAGAGAUGUUCAAAAGCAGUAG